AUGUCUGCUCGCUUUUUCGUUUUUCUUCUAUUUUAUUCACUUCUUGUCAAUAUUUCAAUAGCAGACAAUUUCGUGUGUCCCACAACGCAUAUCACAAAAGAUGCCGGUCUAAAUGGAGUGAUACCUGCUGGAGCAACAGAUCAAGUUAAAGUUCCAGCUAAUACAAAAUGCACAUAUAUAUUUGAUAUUCCGAAAGGGUUUGCACUGAAAAUGGAAACUUCUACAGAUUACGAAGUGUCGCCUGGGGACUCUAUCAAAUUCGAUUAUUUUUAUAUAUCUCCUCCUUCUUUGAAUGAAGUAGAAUAUGCAAUGAAUACAACACUUCCAUAUGAAGUCGUUUCUGUGACAGGAAAUUUGACAUUUAUCGCUAAAUAUACCUACAUGGAUUUGUCACAAUAUCUACAAGUGAUGAAACCAACUGGAGUUAAUUUCAACACAACUUUGGAGCCAAAUAAGUAUUACACAGUCAAAGCCACCACUGAUACUGAUCAGGUGAAUAUACAUUAUGGAUCUCGUAUGACAGGAUUUGUCGACAACACCAUUCAUGAAGUAUUCAUUUUUGAUGGUAACGACAUUAUGAACUCAAAUUACGUUGGGAGAGUGACUCAAGUUUUUGGGCAUCAUUAUGAAUAUUAUUCAUCAUCCAACACUCUCACUCUCAUCAAUUUGUAUAAUACUCCAUCUGACUCACUGUUUGUAGUGAAUGAUGCAUCUGUGAUUGAAAACCUGGACCACUAUGGUGUUUAUGUUUUGGAUUCCGAUAAAGAUCUCCAUGGUUGGAUGGGACUUGUACAGGAGCCGAAUAGAAAACCCGACGCAUGGUACACUGUGAUUUGCAAUGGGUGUUCUAGUUUUGCCAUUGAAUAUAUGCUGUUUGAUGAUCAUUACGAUUACCCCAACGCAAACGGUUUUGUAGCAAUCUCUGGAAUGACUCCAACUCAGAAGCUCCCCGAAAUGUUGGAUUACCCAUAUUCGAAAGACAACAACAACAGUUUUCCUCAAGUAAUCACUGCUCCAAUGGCAACAUUCCAUAUUCACAAUGCUUCCAUUGAAUUCCUUCUUCAACCAGGAACUCAACAACAAGAUUUUGCUGCAUCUCCAGGAACUUCCAGGUCCAUUUCGUCCCCACAACUAUGGAAUCCUGAUGCAACUCCAUCGUUCGAUUACACUUUCUCUGAUCCGUUGACUGUUUUCAAUUUCUCCAUCAACUUGCAGACAAUUGUACUUGAAAAUGAUGGAGAUGAGUUAGAUGUUCAAGUUGGAUCAGUUAAUGGACUCACUACUCUCGACAAAAAAUACACCAAAACAAAACUGAACAAUGUGUUCAUUUCUGGAAUGGGAAGAUAUCUAAAAUUGAAGUAUUCUGGCCUGAAGACAUCAGAAGUUGUUCUGAAUUUCAAGAUGAUUGAUCCAUCAAAUCCGGAUGGAACCACAGAGAAUCCCGGAACUGGAGGAACCACUAACACGUCACCGGACACCACCGUUUCCACUUCACUUGGCACUUCCAUGUCAACUCGAUCAACUCGAGUGAGUACAAGCACCACUUCUUCCCCCACCAAAUCCACAAUAGCGAGUAGUAUGGUUUCAUCGAUUACCUCAACACCUGUCAACACCACACCUAUUCCCACAACACAGUCGCCUGCUACCACAACGCUUCUUCUUUCUUCAUCCACGACUAACAUGAUCUCUUCUUCCACAAAAGUGAGUAGUACAACCGUCUUGACUUCUGCCAGUGAUCUUCCUCCAAGUACUGAGACAGUGAUAUCAUCUAGUACAACAACAAGCUCGCCUAGUUCAACUUCCGCUAUCUUAACAAGUACAACAUUAUACACCCCUUCAACUGCUGCGUCGUCAAUCAGUACAAAAACGCAAACAACUUCUAAAGGUGACACUACUGCUCAAUUCUCAACUUCAACUUUUCCACGGUCAAGUUCAACCACUGAGAUGGCAACUAGCUCAGUCUUUACCACUGAAUGGAAAACUGCAACUUUCACAACUCCAGUUUCCACGACUCCCAGAGCAAUUAAAACACCGACCGCAUCAACUGAUAUGCAGACGACAACCACCACUGUCACAACACUCCACCCGACAACAUCAUUGCAUACAACUGUUCUUCCAACAAAAAUCACGUCGGCUAUUGCAUCGACGUCUACUGAACAAGCUUCAACCAGCAGCGUUGUCUCCUCAUCUUCUACCCAAACAAUUGAAUUGACAACAAGUACAACUUCGCCGUCUAUUUUUGUCCCCGUUUCAUCUUCUACCAUUGCAAUCAAAUCAUCAACAAACCCAACAUCUACAACGACUCCUUCAUUGACUCCUACACCAACGAUUCUCUCAACAACUACAGCACCUCAUACACCCACAUCAGUAUCUACAACUACCGUUCCCGCCUCUACGGUGAGACCAUUCACUUCUACUUUGUUGCAAACGAGCACGUCAACAAUUCCUGUGAAGACAUCGAAACCUGUUACCUUAGAAGUUAUCACGACUAACUUGCCUAGCACUUCCACGGAAAGAAAAACUACGGAAGUUCAAACAAGCACCCCAAUAGUAACGACUUCUACAGUAGUUCUCACAACUAGAACAAAUUCCUCACCUUCCUCAACAACUUUAUCCGCAUCUUCGUCUGAUAUGUCAAGUUCGACGCAAUUCCAGACUAUUCAAUUAACAACAUCAACACUUACUGGAAAGACAUCGCCACAAGGAACAAGUCCUCUGACAAUGUCAUCAGCUCCCUCUUCUUCCCAGUCAACUCAUUCAAAACAAGCGACGACCACUCAGAGCUCAUCCAAACCAACGUCAUCAAGCACAAUGACGCCAGUAUCCGUUCCAAAAACUACCACUGCCAAUCAAAGAUCUCUUGCAACUACUACAAAGUCAACUACAGUGACAAAUGUUAUCACUACUACUGUAACACCAAAACCAGCAGCUACAACAAUUAUUGUUCAAACUCCAAAACAUGUUACAACUGCAGCCCCUAUUGUUGAAGAACUCACAACACAGACAAGCACUUUAAGCACCACUAUCAGAGCAACUAGAACUUUUUCACCUGAUCUCAGCACAAUACAUUCCAGCACCAUGAUUGGCUCCACACAAACAACCAGUGCCCACGUGGAAACAACAACUAAAAGUGCACAUUCUCUCGUUCCUACCGGUCUUCUCGUCGUUCUCAUAUCCAUUUUCAUGCUCUGA